AUGGCACUACCAUUGAGGACGAGAUCGAUACCGCAGUGCGCUACUUGCCUCCGCAGCUAUGCCUGGGCGUCUGCAAUGGAGAGCGGCAGCUCUUCGACUACGGCAUUGAGACAGCAAGUUAGGGGCAAGAAGAAGAUGCCCAAAUCAGAUGGCAACGUUCCAGUCCGGCUGCUCAAGGAUCUUACGGGGUUUGGGAAGCAAGGCUCAAUAAUCCCUGUCCCUCGCGGUGAAAUGCGCAACAAGUUCUUCCCCCAGCGAAUAGCCGAGUACGUUCCUCUAUCCGAGAUUCGACACCUUCGCGCCAACAAUGUCCCCAUCGAACGCGACUACGUCUAUGGCAGGGAUGAGCCGAUCCAGCAGAUUGCCGCAGACUUCACGUCUACAGGCGAAUCUGGUGCAUCUUCUCAGACACCUAUGCCUCCACCAAAGAAACCUGAGAUCGAGAAGCUCACGCCCGAGAGGAGUUUACAAUUGCUGGAGAUCUUUGUCGGACCAAGGCUGGACUUCUACAGACAGCCCAGAAUAGAUGAGAAGGAGAAAGAGCCAGAAGAGUCGAAGUCGCAGCCUAGGCGAGAAAGUCCCCGCACCGCAUCAAGCGCGGCAUUCGACCUCCUCGCUGCCCGUACAUCACAACCAAAACCAGAGAGUACCAGUCCCCUGGCGAUAUAUGGAUCGGUAUCAAGACAUGACGUUUUGGUGCACAUCCGAGCGGCAAUCGCAAGGAAUGACGAAGCGGCCAAGGUGAUCCUGGAAGAGAAUGAUAUCGAGUUUUUGGACCCUCAGGUGGAGAGGGAAGGAAAGUUGAAACAUGUCGGUGACUUCACGAUUGAGGUUCACGUCAAGGGAGAGGAACAGAGGCUUAAAAGGACUGUGAGGGUUGUGCCGCAGGAGGCUUGA